AUGGGCGAGCCCUGCGAGCGCGGUGCCUGCUCGCCGGCCGCCGGCAUGAAGGAAGGAGCGGACUGGGAGUCCUGGGGCGCGCCGCUGGCUUUCCUGGAGGGCGCCCAGAUGGGCAACAGAAGCAACACGUCCUUCUUGCAGUUCUUCAAGAAUAUCAACCUGGAGCGAGCCGAUGGGAUGCAGGGGGACAGUUCUGAUGUGGUGCGGAUUGUCAUCUCGCUGGUGUACUCCGUGGUGUGUGCCCUGGGGCUGGUGGGCAACCUGCUGGUGCUCUACCUGAUGAAAAGCAAACAAGGCUGGAGAAAGUCCUCCAUCAACCUCUUUGUGACCAGCCUGGCAGUGACCGACUUCCAGUUUGUGCUGACCUUGCCCUUCUGGGCAGUGGAGAAUGCGCUAGACUUCAACUGGCUCUUCGGCAAGGCAAUGUGUAAGAUCGUCUCGUAUGUGACAGCCAUGAAUAUGUAUGCUAGUGUUUUCUUCCUCACUGCCAUGAGUGUGGCUCGAUACCGCUCUGUGGCUUCAGCCCUGAAGAAUCAGCGGCGAGGUGACCCGCUGGGUGGGUGCUGCUCUGCGAAGUGGUUUUGUGCACUCAUCUGGCUGUCAGCUAUCCUGGCUUCCCUGCCCCAUGCUAUUUUUUCCACCACUGCCACUGUCUUUGAUGAUGUGCUCUGCCUUGUCAAGUUCCCUGAGGGCCGAGGCAACAAUGCCCAGUUCUGGCUAGGUCUGUACCACAUCCAGAAGGUGCUGCUGGGCUUUGUGGUGCCACUGGCCAUCAUCAGCCUCUGCUACUUGCUCCUGGUGCGCUUCAUCAGUGACAAGCAUGUUGGCAGCACCUGCAGUGGCCCCAGCACCAAGCGCCGCUCCAAAGUGACUAAGUCAGUGUUCAUUGUGGUGCUGUCUUUCUUCUUGUGCUGGCUGCCUAACCAAGCGCUCACAGUGUGGGGCAUCCUCAUCAAACUCAACGUAGUGCACUUCAGUACUGAGUACUUCCUCUCCCAAGUGUACCUCUUCCCCAUCAGCGUGUGCCUCGCGCACUCCAACAGCUGCCUCAAUCCCAUCCUCUACUGCCUCAUGCGCAGGGAGUUUCGCAAGGCACUGAAGAGCCUCCUCUGGCGGAUGACCUCACCUUCCCUCACCACCAUGCGCCCCUUCACUGACACCACCAAGCCCGAGCAGGAGGAGCAGGCCCUGCAUGAUCUGGUGCCUGUACGCCCCAUCACUGCUUCUUCCCCUGCUGCAUCUGUCCAGCCAGAGGUGGCCUACUACCCCCCUGGGGUGGUGGUGUACAGCAGCCACUACGAUCUGCUGCCUGCUGGCUCCAUGGAGCAGCGCUGCUGAGAUAGACAGGGAGCUCAGGGGUGGGGGGUACGGGGGGUAGGACUUUGGGG